GAAACACCAAGGCUUCCAUGAUUCAAGCCCGUGUCAUUCUCCAAAGCAGUUCUUUCUUUUUUUUGCAGCUCCAAAUUCCUCGGAACGCUUCCCGCGGUCUCGGAACUGCGCUUGUAGUUGGAGUACCGGAACGACGUCGUAACGGGAGCUAGGUAACUCGACGCACAAUCAUCAGAACUACCUGCGCAGAGCAGCCUUAGCCAAGCACACCCACGCCGUACGCCCUCUAGUAAAAACUCCAAACACCAGAAAAUCCGAACCAGCAAGCAAACCCUCCCAGCAAACCCCCCUCAACAAUGGCCCCCCCAGAACAAACCGUAGCCUUCAUCGGCCUCGGCGUAAUGGGCUACCCCAUGGCGCUCAACCUGCGCAAAGCCCUACCCAGAACCCACACGCUCCUAAUCUGCGACGUCGACCCCGCCGCCCUGCGCCGCUUCCAAUGGGACUGCCGAACCCUCGGCCCAGUCCCUACAAUCAGCAGCGGCUUCGAAGCCAUCCAGCAGGCCAACACCGUCAUCACGAUGCUGCCCGACGCCGCCGCCGUGAAGAAAGUCUACCUCGACCCCGCGACCGGCAUCCUCGCGGGCGCCGCGAAGGCGCUGACGGAAAAUUCUGAGCAGGAGAAGCUCGUAAUCGAGUGCGGCACCAUCGAGACGGCGACGAUCCUGGAGGUCGCGCGGGCGGCACAAGCCUCGCCUGUCGCGCAGCGGCUGACGUUCGUCGACGCGCCGGUGUCCGGCGGGCCGAUGGGCGCGCAGGACGGCUCGCUGACGUUCAUGGUCGGCGCCGACAGAGCGGACGCGUUCGACACCGUGAAGUCGUACCUCGCGCACAUGGGCAAGCGCGACGCGAUUUUCCUGUGCGGUGGCGUGGGCGCCGGCACCGCGUUCAAGGUCAUCAACAACUACCUGUCUGCCAUAACCUCUUUAGCGGCUAGCGAGGCGCUGAACAUCGGGGCGAAAAUGGGGCUUGAUUUGCGCCUGCUGACGGACGUAAUUAAUGUGAGCGGCGGCCAGUGCUGGGUCACGAGCAAGUCGAACCCCGUGCCGGGGAUCCAGGAGAAUGUGCCGAGUAGCAGGGGGUAUGAGGGCGGGUUUCGGAUUGAGCUGUGUGCGAAGGUGCUGCAGAUGGGGGCGGAUUUGGCGGAGAUGGUGGGGGCGCGGACGGUGCUGGAUGGGCCGACGUUGGGGGCGUUGAGGGAGGCGGCGGGGGAUGAGAGGUAUCGGGGGAAGGAUGCGAGGGUGGUUUAUAAGUGGUUGAAUGAGAGUGAGCGGAAGUAGGGGUGGAUGGGCGCCGGUGGAGUGGGAUAGUAGAGCUUUGAAAGUCUUGAUUUAUUCUUGUGUGGACUUUGAUUCGCUGGCUAGCUCCACCAGGACUGAGAGAACAAUGCGUGGAGGUUGUCUGCAUCCACUUUCCACGCUCUGGCAGUUCCAGGUGCCGCUCAUC